AGAUAUUUAUCCAUCUCAGGCUCUGAAAAAGACAAACUCAUCCCCCACUGCGGCGGGGGAGUGUGAAAAAUAUAUAUAUCUAUAUAUAUAGAUAUCUAUCAAUGCGGCGACGUCGAUUCCGCCGUUUUCAAUGACGCGACAAGUACAACAAUUAACAAAAUUCGCGCAUGGAAUUGAGCAACAACAACUAUUCGGCCUUCUCCGAAUCGGCAGCGGCCUAGCGCCGGCAACGAAAAUAAAAACAAAUUGUUUGUGAUUAAGUAAACAAAACAAGAUCAGUUAAAUAAUAAUAAAAAACUAAGUCAAAAAGAGGAAUUGUUCGAAAACAAUGACUGUAUCAUAUGCGGGUGAAGUGCCAAAUGGAAGCAGUUUCGGCUGCUUCUGGAAAAUCCUAUGGAAAUGGCGCGGCAGUGUCUACAAGUUGGUGUGGCGCGAAUUAAUUGCGUAUCUCUGUCUAUACUACACCAUAAACGUUAUCUACAGAUUCGGCCUGACAACCGGCCAACAGGCAAUUUUCAACAAGAUCCGACAGUAUUUUGGCCAGCAGGGCGAAAGCAUACCCAUGUCCUUUGUCCUGGGCUUCUACGUGAAUCUGGUGGUGAAGCGUUGGUGGGAGCAAUACCGUCUCCUGCCCUGGCCAGACACGCUGGCCCUCUUCAUCAGUGCUGCCAUCCCCAACUCCAACGGCGGAGUAAAUAAUGAAACUGGUCGUCUAAUGCGACGCAACAUCAUGCGCUACAUGGUCCUGGCCUAUGUCAUCACCCUCCAGAGGAUAUCUCUCAGGGUGAAGCGCCGCUUUCCCACCACCCAGCACCUGGUGGAUGCCGGCUUGAUGCACGAGUCCGAGAUGAAGAUCUUUGAGGCCCUCAACCAGAAGAGCCCCAUGUCCAAGUACUGGAUGCCCCUGGUCUGGGCCACCAACAUCAUCAACAGGGCCCGAAAAGACGGCCUCAUAGCCUCGGAUCACAUUGUGCAAACCAUCUUGGUGGAACUGUCGGAUAUUCGUCGUCGGUUAGGUGGUCUUAUUGGCUACGAUACGGUCUGUGUUCCUCUGGUCUACACUCAGGUGGUUACCCUGGUGCUGUACACCUACUUCAUAGCCGCCCUUCUGGGCCGCCAGAUGCUGCCCAAUGUCUUGGACAAAAACGGCCGUGAAGAUCCCGACCUGUACUUUCCCCUCUUCACCGUAUUGCAGUUCGUUUUCUACGUGGGCUGGCUGAAAGUGGCCGAGGUGCUAAUCAAUCCCUUCGGCGAAGAUGACGACGAUAUAGAGCUCAACUGGCUCAUUGACCGGCACAUCAAGGCGGCCUACAUGAUAGUGGACGAGAUGCACGAGGAGCACCCGGAGCUGCUGCGCGACCAGUACUGGGAGUGCGUGGUGCCCAAGGACCUGCCCUACACGGUGGCCUCCGAGCACUACAGGCGGGACGAGCCCAAGGGAUCCGCCGAGAAGUACAAAGUCAAGAAGGAGGACGCCAUGUAUGCCAACAUAAUGCCAGGUGGGGGCAAGCGAAUGCUCAGCGACGACGUCUAUGCGGAUUAUGAAAGUGUAGACACUCCCAUGGUGGAGCGGCGGAAAAAUAAUUGGCUUGUACGGCAACUUUCGCGGAUGGGUUCCAUGAGAAGCCAAUCUACGGCAUACUCCUCCGGCGGACUGCCCUUCAACAGAAAUCGGCUGAACUCCGUGUAUUCUAGUCCCGAGUCCGGUCUGCCGCUGUCCAUCAUGCAACAGCAGCAGCUGCAACAGGCGCAGCAGCAACAACAGCAGGCUGGAUCGCAGCCAACCAAGUCCAGUCUCUAUGGCAAGUUUGUCCAUCGCAAGUCCCUGAGGGCACAGCGUCAAUUGAUAAAGCAAAAUUCCAAACUAAACGGCUUGAACGUAAAUGUGGCCAACAAGGUUAGGCCUAGAAUUCCCACUCCCGAAGUGGCCAAGGAUGGCAACACGAAUCCAGCCACGAGUGCAGUCCUAAUGGCACCACAGCAGCUGAGCACCCCCAGCGCACCUCCGGGCCUGUUCCCGGCCACCUACACCACCGACCACACCAGCACCACAACUGCAAUGCACCCGGAGAGCGGCCAGGUGCUGGGCACGCUGCUCCUCUCGCCCAUCAAAGAGAUGGAUAGCUCAUCGUCCAAUAACACUCUGAUUCCAGGACACCCGGCAACCGCAGCCCUGGCAGCCAGCAUGAAGGAGGGCUUCAUGCCAACCAAUAUUCCACCUGCGGCCAAUAUAACGACCUUGUCCUUCCCCUUCACGGUGACCAGCAGCGGCGGGGACACCAUUCCCACGGGCACCUUGAGCAUCCUGCCCAUCACGGCUAAUGCCCAACUGCCCACAAUCACCACCACGGCCAGUGGAUACGAUCCAAACGAUGUGAUCACCACGAUACCCGUUUCCCUGUCCAUCCAGAGGUCGCCAUCAGCCCUGUCCAUUGUGGAGCUAACCGGCACCGAUGGCCAGGAUGGGUACAGCAACAGUGGUUCUAGCAACGGUAACGGGGGCAUCACCACCACCGCGUUGCUUUCUGUCAAGCCUCUAAAUGGCCAUCCCAAUAUCUCGCGGAACAGCAGUUUCAACGUCAACCUGAACCUGCAGGAUCCGAGAUCUUCAGUCCGAUCCGUGGGACCAACGGAUACUGUAGACAAUGCCUCGAUAGCCACGAUGCCACUGGCCCACAAGAGCGGUGGCCAGGAGACGGGAGCAGGCGGAUCUUCGGCACCCUCCACGCUGGCGAAACACAAGCCGGAACAAAAGACCGGGGAGGUGUACGUGUGACACUGACCACCUUCUGUUGAAUCUUCACGGUUCAAGAUUCGAUUGGAUUCGAGAUUUGAUCGAAAAUCGAACCACGUAAUUAGGUUUAAGACCCGCUGGCGUUGAGCCACCCCGGAGCCACUAAGAUAUUAUCAGUAGUCUGGAAGAUCGGUCAGUUUGGGAUUUUUAUCGAAGGUC